AGGGAGCAGGUACGUUUCCUGGGGCAGAAAUUUGGGGGUGUAAAAGGGAAUUCUCACCAGAUGAAGAGACCUUUUACGGUGGCCCUCCUUGGAACCACAUUUUCUGGCACCACUCCAUUGCCCCCUUCUCCUAAACUCCUUUGCUGGUUGCUCCAGUCUAUAUUUGGGUGAUUAAUUACAUGUCUUUUUUUACACACAUGCAUACUCCCACUUGCCUGCUGCCCAAAGCCCAUAGUCCUUUUCAGUGCCCCCACCCCCAUUUCUGGCCCUCUUCCCAGAGGGCUCACCCUGUGCCAGCUGAUACCCUCUAACCAGAUUUGGACUCAGAGGCAGGCAAUCCUCUCCAGUCUCCUUGGUCCAUGGAACAUUUCUUCUUAAAUCUCAGUCUCUACAUUUUCCUUUAGGAGAAAAUUUCAGAUGGGGCUGGUGGAAUAGGACCUCUCCUGGUAGGACUUACCUUACCUUACCCCCUCUCCCAUUGGACAUUAUUAUAGAAACAACAUUCAGUGUCUGACAAUCUGCUCCUUUGCCCCAAAGUGGCCUUGAAUCUGUAUUUAGAAUCCCAUAGAGCAGUGAUUUCUAGCCUCCUGUUAAUGAUAGACCCCUUGGAAAAAUCAGCUAAAUAGUGUGAGUUCUCUUGUCAGAAAUCUAACCACCAGCAUAGCCUGAGAAGGAAGUUCCUGGGUAGGAAAGCUGUCUGAUAUGAGAUGUGGGGGCGUAUCCAAAUUCUAAACAGGUCCAAUCUAUGUCUGCAUGUUGAAAAAUAGUAUUUCUGUAACAGCCACCCAGACCUGUGGCUCUCCCACUAGAAUUUUCACUGAAUCAUUAGCCUGGUUUCUAACAGUGAUCCAGCCCUUGUAAAACUAUCUGGGUCCCUUAGAUGGCCCAGUGCAGCUGCAUAGCAUCUCACCACACUCCCAGUUUGGAAUAUUUUAUAUCCGGAUGGUGUACCCUCAAUGAUUCUAUACUUAAAUUUUAUUUUGAAUUUUAGAAAGAUGUCACAGUAUUGGAGAAAUGGGAACGUAAACCUUUCCUCAAUUAAACAUAACAAACAAUAUAAAAUCCCCUUCUGGUCUACUUUCUGGCUUUUUAUAGAAUGGAAUAAAGAGGGAAACUUCAACAGAGACAGGUGCCUAGGCAAAACAGAGAAAGCAGAUGCCUACCCACCCACACAUACAGAAAAAGAUACACACUGACACAAAUAUUCUAAGAGAAACAGAUUUUCCUGGUAAGACAGUCCUCCCUUUUGGCCUUUUAGGAUUCUGCACUUUUGAGUAGCAGCCAGAUUUCACAGCACAAGAUGGGGCCAUGGGCCUCUUGCCCACUUUCUGGCCUGCCAUGUUCCUUUGGGAACAUAAAGGCCAGGAGCACCUGUAGCCCCUGGGUCCACUCAGUACUUGCACUCUGGACUCACUGAGGCAUAUUCAGACCUUGGCAGUACCAUUUCAAUUACACAGCUUGUCUUGCCCGUGAACACUCAGUAUGAAAAGUACAGGUUCCUGGAAGGUACACCUAUGAGCUGCUUCUGUUCACCCAACUUAUUUCAAUCCAACAGGUGAGACCUUCCCUACAGGACUAAUCUCUUGGAACUGCUCUAAACGAGAUGAGUCAUCCCUGUGUGCCAUUUUUAGGUCCACAGGCUUUGAGGGCCAUAGCCUUGGCAUCUUAUAUCUACAUGAAGCUCCGCCUGCUCCCCAAGGUCUUGCCCUUCCCCAAGACGGAGCCCCAGGAAACCAGGUCCUGGCAGUCCCUCUUGAGAUGCCGGAGGCCCAGGAUUUGGUGUCAUUUGAUAUUGUACCGUGGCACCUCACAGAACAGGAGUGGCUGAGUCUCAACUUGAACCCGGAGCAGCAGGCACUGGCAUAUUCCAGGGCUGUGACCUCCAUUGGGGUUCCUGUUGUGAGUCCUGCUUUGGUAUCUCACCUGUCACAAGGACAAGUUCUGUUGGUAUCUGAUCCAACCCUCAACACAGAUCACACUAAGCACCCUGAAAGCACCUCUGCGACUUCCCACCAGAAGAUGGGUGAAGAAGCCCAGCUGCAAGAGAUGGCGUCCACGAGUUCCCCGAGGGCCAAUGACCCCAGCGCUGAGGUCAAACAGAAUGGGGACUCUGGGGGAAGGGGAGGGAGCCCACAAAAUCUGCCCAUAGAACACCAUUUUGCAUGUAAAGAGUGUGGGGACACCUUCCGCCUUAAAGUGCUCCUUGUUCAGCACCAGAGGGUUCACAGUGAGGAGAAGGGCUGGGAGUGUGGCGAUUGCAGGAAGGUCUUCAGGGGGGUGUCAGAAUUUAAUGAGCACAGGAAGAGCCACGCAGCUGUGGCCGCUCAGCCCCGGCCUGGCCCCAGUUGGGCUCUGGAAGAUGCCUUGGAAAAGAGGGAGCAAAUGGAGAGGGAGGCAAAGCCCUUUGAGUGUGAGGAGUGCGGGAAAAGGUUUAAGAAGAACGCAGGCCUUAGUCAGCACCUGAGGGUGCACAGCAGAGAGAAGCCCUUUGAUUGUGAGGAGUGUGGGCAGUCCUUCAAAGCCAACACCCACCUCUUUCGACAUCAGAAGCUUCACACUUCGGAAAAGCCCUUUGCCUGCAAGGCGUGCAGCAGGGAUUUCCUGGACCGCCAGGAACUUCUCAAGCACCAGCGGAUGCACACAGGCCACCUGCCCUUCGACUGCGAUGACUGCGGCAAGUCCUUCCGUGGUGUCAACGGCCUGGCAGAGCACCAGCGCAUCCACAGCGGCGCCAAACCCUACGGGUGUCCACACUGCGGCAAGCUGUUCCGGAGGAGCUCAGAGCUCACCAAGCACCGGAGGAUCCACACUGGUGAGAAGCCCUAUGAGUGCAACCAGUGCGGCAAGGCCUUCCGCCAGAGCUCCAGCCUGCUGGAGCACACACGUAUCCAUAGUGGUGAGCGGCCUUAUGCAUGCGGCGACUGCGGCAAGGCCUUCCGAGGGCCUUCUGACCUCAUCAAGCACAGGCGCAUCCACAGCGGACUGAAACCCUAUGAGUGCGACAAGUGUGGCAAGGCCUUUAGGAGGAGUUCAGGCCUGAGCCGCCACCGUCGGAUCCACAGUGGGGUCAAGCGCUGUGAAUGCAGUGAGUGUGGCCGCGUGUUCAAGAGGCGCUCAGCACUGCAGAAACACCAGCCCUCCCAUCGCGAGUAAACACUGCCCUGGGACCCAUAGCAGGUGUCUGCAGACGCUAUGGCUCAGUCAAAGGAGAUGAACAGUUCUGUAGCGCUUAUCUACUUUAUUUUGUGAGAGGUUGAAAUGAUUUAUACUGCCACCAGCAAUUUAUAGAUAUCAAUGUUUCCCAGUACAUCUAUUGAGAGUAACUUUUACCACUUGAACAUAGAUUGGCUAUUUUUCCAGGCAGGAAGUACUAUCAAGGUUUUUCAAUCUUCACAUCUAGAAUGAGAAGAAAAAUCUGCAAAUGGGGGGGUCUAGUACAGAGCUGGGAGGUCCUUUCCAAGCUCUAUCCCUGAGGGAAAUGUAGUAUUGUUCAAUGGCAUCAAUAUGAAAGGAAAAUUGCCCCAAGGUGUUGGCCUACUUGAAUUUAAUUUUAGGGAUGUAAAUAGAAUGCUCAAAUGCCAUAAUAUUUAAUUUAUUAAUUUAGUAAUGCAUAUGCAUUGUAAAUCACAUUAUAUGAAAUAAUAUAUUAAUUUAGAGAAUACUCCAUUUUCAUCAUACUCCCUUUGUUUCCAAAUACUCCAUGUGCAUUUUGGACCUUACUAACAUGGGAGCCUGUUUGAGUGAUCUGAGCUAUGGUAGCACUGUGACAAUCCCUGUGUGAGGCUCUCACCAGAAGUCUCCUCCCAAGCCAUAACAACAUAUUAGUACUAAUUCCUUGUGUGUCUUAAAAUUAGCACUGUACCUACAACAUCAUCACUUAAAGUGGUGAUUUUUCAAACAUCACUCCUGGGUCAUACUCCUAGUAAAACUUACUGGGCUAGAGAUAAACUUUUUUCCUUUCAUUUUGCUAAGCCAGUUCAGUCCAGUGACCCCUAUGAACACCCCAAACAAACAUCAGUUGGGGUUUGUCCUCACACAGUAUCAUUUUAUUCAAAAGAAAGUGAGAGAGCACCCCCAGAUGAAAGGGACAUCUUCAGGACAUAAAGGUGAAAUGACACCUCCUCCUUGGAAGCUCCUUACAACACUCGCUCCAUUGGCAGCUUUGGCGUGGGGAGAGAGUCCCCUAAGGAGUGCGCCUUGCAUGUAAGGAUGCUACCUGGCAAGGAAGUGUAUGUACUCAGUGAAAGUCACUUAUCGGCAUCCCAUAGCUCAUUAGCACCAGAAACAGGGAUGGACCCCUCAAGCCUCCUGACUGCUAGUCUCAUCUUUCAUGCAACGACUACAAUAGUAUUUCUGUUUUCUUGCAUGCAAAUUAUUUGUUCAUCUCCUUUGACUAGUUAUCAAUUUGCCUUGGAUAUAUUGACUUUAUAUAGUAGUUCUUUCUAUAUCAAUUGUGAUGUUAUUUUCUAAUUUUUAUUGCUUUGGGUUUUUUUGUACUUUAUUACAUUUUUGUUGUGUAAGUUUUAAAUUCUUUUACAUAUCCUUGAAUUCUUUUUUUGUGUUAACCUGUGACUUUAAUUGCUUCCAUACUUACAUAUGAUGAUGUUUUCUUUGAGAAUUUAUUUACAGAAGAAAAGUUAAAUCGACUGCCCACCAAAAAAGUGACCAUACAAGGUGGGCGGAUUGGAUGAGAGUGGGCCCGAGAAGCAGGCCCGAGCCACAUCCGAGAUGCAGACUCUCUGUGGGCAGCACUUGACUAUACAACCUGGCUACUGAGGCACACUAGAGACAUGUCUGUCACACAUUGCUCAGAGCACUCUGUGACUGCUCAUCAUUAUAGCCCCAGCCACUAGCAACAGGGCUCAGCUUCACCUAUACCAACAGAAUGGUCCCAGUGUGGCAACAGCUAGCCAUCCUUCAAGCUGUCGGGAGCCUUGACUAUUUUGGAUUCACUGGCCGAGCAGCAGCUCCACCUAAGAAACAUCUCAGACACAGAAGUUUGACCUGACUGGUAAUGUUAUGUAACCUUCAUUCUCCUCCCAACAAGUGACUCUGGAAUGAGAGAACUUUGUGGUUUCUGCUUUGGGCAACUAGAUUGAGAAAUUUGCCCAUGUGUUCUGGCAUCACUUCCUACCGUCACAUCUAAGAGGGGUGACAUAUAGGCCUGGAGAAAAAUGGAGCUAUGUUCUUCCAGUAGCCUGCACACCAUGCCACAAAAGCUGGUUGCACCAGGUCUGGUCUAUGACUUGGAGUAGCCAUGCCCAAGAGGGCAAUAAAACAAGAUCAGAGGACAGGAAGCCACCUGACAUUCAUGUGGCACAGAAAUUGAAACUGAUCACACUGCAGUUGGGCCAUUGCCCCCUCGGGAGAAGAAACAGCAGGUGAAGAAGGUGGCCACAUCAGGGCUGUGGCCUGAGUUUCCAGUUGUGCCCUGACAGAUGUUGUAGGGCCAGAAAAUGUGCCAUUAUUGUCCCCUAGUUAGGGAGGUUGGGCUCUCUAUGGGGCAUAGCCUGAAAGGGCUUUCAGCCCCAUCCUGGGAAGCAAGAUCUAACUGACAGUGACCUCUGAUCUUGGUUAGAAGGGCCUCUCGAAAGCCCCAGGCCACCACAGUGGCCCUGUAGACCUUCUCUAUGCUGGAGAGAAGCCAACAACAGUUGCUACAUAGCAACUUCUGUUGCUCUGUGGGCUCAGUUCUGGUGGUUUCUUGUAAACCAGUCUGAACCCACUUCUUUCUCUAAUUACUUUUCUCAUUGUGAGCUGUUAGGACAUGCUUUGUACAGCUAUUAUUGGGUAAGGAAUGUUAACAUCAACAAGGCAGCAAAUAUGGCGCCUUUACCUUGAAAGAAUGCCAUUUCUUGCUCAGGCACUCAUCAAUUGUCAAGGUUGACAAAAGGUAUUAUUGAAGUCUAGAAUAACACUAACUUGGAAGGUAGCAGUGUGAGAUGCCACAGAUAGGGCGUGGCAUCUCUUCCCAUCCCUUCCUACCCUCUUUUACUCUUUUCUAGUUUGGGUUCUGUAAUUUUUUUCUCUUUAACAAAUCCUUUUUCAGAGUUAACACUAAAAAUCGGUGUCUUUUCCAUGACUGUUGUCAGAUCAGCUUUUAAGUGGUGUUGGCAGUGAAAUCCCCACUCUCUCCAAAUGCAGUCAGUGUUGUGGCUUUAACAUGUGGCCCAUAGUUGCAUCCUUUGCCUUGGGUAAUGUGGGGGUGGAUUUCCUUGGAUCCUCUAGGUGUACUUCUAUGUCCAAUGCAAACGUGAGCAAGCUUCUUGCAGUGUGUGCUUGUCUAUG